CCAGUGUCGAGUUCCUCUCCGCGCAGAGCGGCAGUCAGGGGGGCAGACUGAGCACCGCCGCCCGCUGCGAGGCUGAUCUGACGCUGUAGCCGGGGUAUUUUAUUCGCAAGAAAGAUGGAGAUGGACUGUCUGACUCUGAAAGACCUCAGCAGCCCCAGGAAGGGCUGCAAAGUGGACCUGGACGAGGACGGGAGGGAAAAUGACCAAAAGGAAAACAUCUGUGCAGAGUGGAGGAGAUCCACCCCAAUGAAGGCUGAGUCCGCUGUGCUGCUGGGGCGGAAAGCCCCCACGCCUGACCUGUCCCACAUCACCCCCAUCAAACACCCCGACAAGGCCUCCAGCGCUGAGCCCCUGACCCCCACCGCCAACCUGAAGGUGCUGAUCAGUGCCGCAAGCCCGGACAUCCGGGACCGAGAGAUGAGGAAGGGACUGUUUCGGCCCAUUGAAAAUGAGAGGGAGACACCGGCGAUGGCAGAUAUGGUAGAAGUUACAGGGAUGGAGAGUUCUUGCCAGUUUGAGACAGUGGAGGAGGACGAGGAUGUUGAGAAAAAGCCCAGCAGGAAGCAGAAGAGCCUGGGUCUGCUAUGCCAAAAGUUCCUUGCUCUCUACCCUGACUCACCACCAGCCAACAACCCCAUCAGGAUCUCACUGGAUGAGGUGGCUGCCAGUCUAGGUGUGGAGCGGCGGAGAAUCUACGACAUUGUCAAUGUGCUGGAGUCCUUGAUGAUUGUAGGCCGAAUCGCUAAGAACCGCUACACCUGGCAUGGCCGUCUGUGGCUGGUGUCCACGCUGGGCGGGCUGAAGCGAGAUGCCCGGCAGCAGGGCUACCACCUCUACAUGGAACAGGCCGCCGAGGCCAGAGAGAGCAGGACGCCCCGUGGGGAGGCCUCCAUGGAGGGAGGAGGAGAUGGGGAGUCCAGCCACAGAACCACCGGCAACCGCAAGGAUAAAUCUCUCCGGAUCAUGAGCCAGAAGUUCGUCAUGCUCUUCCUGGUCUCCAGAGACCAGAUUGUCACUCUGGACGUGGCAGCAAAGGUCCUCAUUGAGGAGAGCCAGGAUUCGUCAAACCACAGCAAGUACAAGACCAAGGUCCGCCGCCUGUAUGACAUCGCCAAUGUCCUGACCAGCCUGGGCCUGAUUAGGAAGGUCCACGUUUGGGACGAGAGGGGCAAGAAGCCAGCCUUUCAGUGGCUUGGCCCUGUCAAUUUUAACAAUCCCAGCGGAACGACAGCUGCUGUGGUACCCGACACCAGCAUGACCACUCAGCCAUUGGCUGACCAGGCAGCCAGGAAGCCCAAGCUGGCACGCCACGCCUCCUUCAACGUCACCCCCACCACUGCUGUCCCCUAUCGGCAGGUUAAUUCUGCUCCCAGCACUCCGCAUCGAGAGCCCACAGGUGUACAACACCAACCUGUUGACUACUCCAGGAGAAAUACAGCCACCACCGCAAUGUGCCAACUGCAGCCUGGAAAUACUACAGAAGAGCGUCUCACCUUAGGACUGCCGACAGCUGCCCCAGAAGAGUUGCUCCCCUCUUCCCUCCAGCACCACCAACACCCCCGCCUGGCCUACCUGCCCAGCCUGUCCCACCCCUCCGUGGUAAUGCUGUACAGACCACCUGCCAAAACUGAGAGGUCCGACCGGACUCAGACGAGUCAGAGGUCACCGGGAGGAUCCUCCUUGCCUGCAGAGACGAAGAAGAGAAAGAGGGACAGAGAGGAGGAAGAGGCAGAGAGGGAAGAGAAGAUGGCAGUGAUUAAUAUGGAGCCGUAUCAGGAAGAGGAUCCUGACCAGAGGAGAGCAAAUGUUCAGACGGGCGCGGGUGACUGUUCACAGCCAUGUUUCUCCAGAACCUCCCCGGGCAACCGGGGGGGUCAUCCCAGAGACCUGCCCCUCUCCACGGCCCCGGGCGACAGGGAAGCGAGUGCCCAUGACCCCGGUGACCUGGCCCAGCCGUCUCACUACCUGUACAUCCCUAACAGUGCAGGUCUGAACAGCCUCAACUUCCUGCUCCCUGCCAGUCAACCAACAGGGAGCAUGUCACUUCCUUCAGGUGUUAUGCCCACCCUGACCCUGCCCUAUGUCCUGGUCCCUUCCUCAACCCUCCCCCACUACCCACUCCUCCAGCAGCAGGGCAGUGACCCCUCCCACACCAACCUGGGGUUCACCCUGCCGGCUGUGAUGUCACCCACCCACUUCCUGGUGGGGGCGGGGCCUUACGGUCUGGCAGGUUCUCCGGAGGUCUGCGGGUCACCGGUUCCGUCCCCGACCACCCCAGAGCAGAACGGGCUGUAUGGACUGACGGCAGCCCCCCCGCUCUCGCCCCCAGGGGCCCGACAGACGGUCAACAUCCCCGCCCCGGAGCCACUGACACCACGCACACCCAAGGAGACCACACUUAAUGCCUCCAAGGCCUUCUUCCAGACCCCGGGCGACCUGGGAAAUGUAGUCACACCUGCCCCGGUCACUCGCAAAAGAGGCUCCGCCCAGAGGAGGCUGGACAUCGGCCAGCCGCCGCCUAGCUAG